GUGUAUGUCCUGGCGCUGGAUACAGAGUGUCCCCUUCCAGCGGAUACAGUGUAUCCUCCUCCCGCUGGAUACAGUGUAUCUUCCUCCAGUUGGAUACAGUGUAUCCGCCUCCAGCUGAUACAGUGUAUCCCCCCAGUGCUGGCCGAGUGUGUGGAUCCCGAGCCCCUGGAGACAGUGUAUCCGUGUCCCUGCCGGCCCGAGGGAGUGAAUCCAGCAGCAGGCGGAGAGGGGCCGAAUGGCGAGCGGGGAUGAGCUGCCCCAGGCGGGGCCUACGGGAAGCCUGAGCCUGAGCCGCAGUGUGGAGAAGGCGCUGGAGGAGGCGGCCAACAGCGGCGUGCUCAACCUCAGUAACAGGAAGCUCCGAGAGUUCCCCCGGGCGGCCACCAACUACGACCUGUCCGACCUGACCCAGGCUGAUUUGUCGAAGAAUCGACUUUCGGAGAUUCCUUGUGAAAUCUGUCAGUAUAUCUCACUGGAAACACUGAAUCUGUAUCACAACAGCGUGCGCAGUAUUCCCAGAGCCAUCACCAAUCUCCAGGCUCUAACUUACCUCAACGUCAGUCGCAGCCACCUGUGUGUGUUACCUCCGUACCUGUGCUGCCUCCCACUGAAGGUGCUCAUUGCCAGUAACAACAAGCUGACCACCCUGCCCGAGGAUAUCGGCUGUCUCAGCCAACUCCGAGAACUGGAUGUGAGCUGUAACGAUAUCCACGUGCUGCCCUCCCAGAUCGGUAACCUGGAAUCACUGAGGGAUCUCAACGUCCGCCGUAAUCAGUUGGCCAGUCUCCCAGAAGAACUUUCUGAGCUCCCUCUCGUUCGCCUCGACUUCUCCUGCAAUAAAAUCUCCCGGAUCCCUGUUUGUUACCGACACCUGCGGCAUCUCCAGUAUAUCCUCAUGGACAACAACCCCUUACAGUCCCCACCUGCACAGAUCUGCACCAAAGGGAAGAUCCACAUCUUCAAAUACUUGAAUAUCGAAGCCUGUAAAAUUGUGCCUGAUCUGACCGAUUUGGAACGGUCCAUCCAACCUCAGGGAUCUAGCUCCUGCCUCUCGGAUGAAUUCUGUCCAAACCGACAGCACAGUGGCCUGGACUCCGGCUUCAACAGUGUAGACAGCGGCACCAAGCGCUGGUCGGGGAACGAGUCCACAGACGAGUUCACGGAAUUAUCUCUCCGGAUGGUGGAAAUAUCCCGGGAACAGAAACUGCUGCGGGGGAGUCACUCGUCAGGGAUUCCGGACACCAACGGGGAGCAGGAUCUGGAGCAGGUCGAUUUUAUAGACAGCAGCGUGGAGGAAGACAGCAAAUCAGAGAUGGUGAGCACAUCCUUCACCAGCAACAGCCCGAGCAUCUCACGGCAGGAUAACAAACUGAACCAGAGCAGCACCGAAAAGACCAAACUGAUCGACAGAGUUCCUCCAAAUGGGCUGAGCCGAGAGCUACCUCCAAGUAAACAGGAUCUACAUCGGGAAGGGGAGGAGAGGAGGCGCCCAGAGACCUUACAGAUCUGGCAGGAACGGGAGAAGCAGCUGCAGACGCAGGCGCUGGAGCGGAGGGAGAGGGGCGUCAGUGUCAGUUCUAUCUCGAGGAUACCAGCGCUGAGUGACCUCAAUGUGAAGGAUCCACCGUCGGGUGUCACCGCGGGGAACAGUGUGACCGGACCCUCCCUACAACAGAGUGAGAGUCAACCUGGCAACAGUUCCAGCAGCUCCUCGGCAGCAGCUAAUCCGACAGUAGUUGGCGUGUCAGUGUCCGUACCCCUGACCCAGAGGGAGGGCAGUACCGUGAGCCGUCCCAACAGCUUCCUGUUCAGAUCGUCCACACGCAGCAACAUCAGGGCUUCGUCAGUCGUGAGCCCGAUGUCUCCGCAGAGUCCGUCAUUCCCGGAAUCUGAUCCGAACGCGGCGGUGAGGCAGCGGCUCCCCGAGGAGGGUCCGGACGACUCGGAGUUGGUAUUCCAGCUGAGGAAGAGCAUCGAGAGCCGCUUGAACCAGACGUUACCGGACGACCUGGGGGAGGCGCUAAACAACGGAGUGACCCUGUGUCAGCUGGUCAACCAGAUCCGACCCCGCUCCAUCUCGGUCAUCCACAUCCCAUCCCCCGCCGUGCCUAAGCUCAGUUUGGCGAAGAGGCGAAGGAACGUGGACAGUUUCCUCGAGGCGUGUCGGAAGGUGGGAGUGCCGCAGCCUGCGCUCUGUUUACCGUGCGAUGUGUUGCUGGGAAAGUUGCAGACUGUGGGGCGGACGGUGGCGUUCCUCCUGGAUUGUGUGGAGCCCCCUGCGAGUGGCUCCCCCCAUCAGCUCGCUGCCUUCUCUGUGUUCUACAUCUGCCUGAUGUCCCUGCUUUACCUGCUCUACUCCCACCUCCCCAGCUUCUAACCAACAGACUGUCACCGUGUUGCCUGGUUACCGCACUGCCGAGGGGUAGGGGUGGUACAGAGAGACCCCCGGGAGCCUGCCCCUGACCCCAACCACAGGCACAGCCUUUCUCCACGUGGUCACCCUCCACACGCACACACGCACACACGCACACACGCACACACGCACACACGCACACACGCACACACGCACACACGCACACACGCACACACGCACACACCACACACAAGCACACACGCACACACGCACACACGCACACACGCACACACGCACACACGCACACACACACACACACACACAGACACACGGAGACACAGACACAGACACACAACAGGCAGACCUAUAAACACAGACCCGCACACUGACGUACAGGAGCCUAAACGCGGACCCGCACACUGACGUACAGGAGCCUAAACACAGACCUGCACACUGACGUACAGGAGCCUAAACGCGGUCCCGUGUGCCUGGAGAUGUCUAACUGCAACUGAGCUGUUGAGGAUUAAACAUGGACUGCCAUGCUGUGGGCAGUUAUACAAAUGCAGCUAGUCGCAGUCCCCUGCCUCAGACAGUCCUGUGUCUGGGGCUCCUCAGUAAAGACUGCUCCGGGGGGGGGACU